CACUUUUGUCAUGCCUCCGGCCGUCCAAGUAUACGCCCGCCAACCGGACGGUCGGUUUGUGCUGCAAUCGGGCUGCUCAUCGAGUCCCGUCAAACAUGAAAGUGACAUCAUCAGCUUCCUGGUCAAACGGCUCCCGUUCUCCCUACCGAUAUUGAGAACGAUUCAAUUUGGUGCGGGAGUUCGAAACAACACCAUUUUAUGUACUGUGUCUCUACCGCACAAUGGGACCCCCGACGCAAUGAAGAAGGCGGCCAGCUUUGGGGUGGACGAUGUCUGGACAAUCGCCCUCAUAGACCGAGACAAUCACCCCGGCACCGAAAUAUGGCCGUUUUCAUCUCUCGAACUCCUUGACGGCGUCGGAUCGACGCAGGAUACCGGGUUGCCGAGUGUUCCGGCUGCGCCGGACGGGACCAGCCUACCGUUCAGCUCCGAAGUCUUGGACAUGGCUACCUGUCAACUCCUCGCCAUUCUAUCAAAGGUUCCAGCCGCGACUCAGGAGAGAAGUCCCGUCCAGCCCGGCAAGAACAGCGUCCUCCUUGGCAAUGUUCAGACAACGCUAGCAGCACUGCUGUCAAGAGCAGGACUAGUAAUGGGACGUAACGGGCCGUACGGCAAGUACAUAUUUUCCGCCCGAGGCAACCCGGACGCCAUUACAGUAGCUCCGGACGGUUCUUCGCACGGGCUGCCUCAAGGGCUUGUGUGGAGUACUGUCCAGCUGAGCGAUCACGGGGACAUCCUGGCAGAGCAUGAGCGCAUGAGCGUUGCGCAACUCAACGAACUCCCGAACGCUACGAUCCGCGAAGAAGCCGGGACGGAUCAAGGCAAGGCCGUCGCAUAUGCCUUUACGGGACGAGACGGCGCCGUCAGCACGCUCUACGUGGCGCCGACGUACCGGGGCAUGGGUCUUGCUGGGGCUGUUGUCCGGCGAUUGCGCGACAAAGGGGCAUUGGAACCUCCAGUGUCCCGAGCCCAGUCCUAUGGAGAGAUCGCAGAGUCGGACCUGAUCGCGAUGGCUGGUGUUGAGCGCAGUAACGCAGCGAGCAUUGCGACGUUUCGGCGGUUGGGCGCUCAGUGGCGUUGGGACGUCUACUGGCUGUGGGUCAACCUAGAUUCUGUAAAUACUGAGUAGCAUGACGACAACG